AUGAAGCUUUCUCUUAAUGGCAUUGUUGCCCUCCUGGCAACCACCGCAGCUGCCUUCCCUCUGAUCGAAGACGACGCCGAUAUGAUCAAAUCCUUCCCACUGUCUCGCCGGCAAGUUGACAAGGUGCCGAGGGCGGCAAUCUUUCAUGCAUUCAAUGAUACGGAUUGUAAAAGUUUCGAAAUGGAAGCAAGAUUUGAAGCGCCCCGACCCGAGCUCAAGAACAGGAUAACAUGCGUCAACUUGGGUAAUGCCCAGGUGGCCAGCCUCAAAGCCCUCUUCUUGAAAGACGGCUGUUCUAGUUCGAAUCCUGCUCCCUCCACCUCCUCCCCGCUUACCCGUGGCAAGGAUAACCCGGCUGGCUAUCGACAACAACCACCCGCCUGUGCCGUCGAGCCCACACUUGUUGGGAACUUCGUCUCCAUGGCUACAAACGACCGACAGCUCCGCUGUUUGGACACAGGCCCCUCUCGAUGA